UUAUGCUAUCAUCUUUCUCCAUAGCUGAAUGUGAAAAGAAAAAGAUGAGUUUGGAAGCUUUGAAUAUUCGGCACUUUGAAAGCUUAUUUCGGAUUGGCAAAAGUGGAAUUCAAAUUUGGAUCUGGGGAAAAUCAAAGUGGUCGAUUAGUCGUCUCGUUCUGAUUAUCGUUGUCCGAGACACUAGAAAUGUAUCCGGGCUAAAGUCCCGCAGGCUUCGUGCUGGAAAUGUAUCCAGGCUAAAGUCCCGCAGGCUUCAUGUUGAAAAUGUAUCCGGGCUAAAGUCCCGCAGGCUUCGUGCUGGAAAUGUAUCCGGGCUAAAGUCCUGCAGGCUUCAUGUUGGAAAUGGUUUGACUACUCUGACCUUUUUGUAUUAG